CGUUCCAACAAGCGCAGCGCAGCCACCCGCCCUCCGUCCAAACUGGAAUGGGUUCACUCCGAUGUCCAGACCGUUGCCGGCGGGCAGACGCAGGAGAACCGGAGGAUAGUGCGCUCACAUGUAAUGGCCGAGCAUCGUCGCAAAAAGCGUCUGCAGGAUUUAGAACGAUAUCAGAAGACCAGAUUCAAUCCGCUGUCACUGCGACUGGUACAGCGGCCAUCACAGGGGCAACGCCAGGCCAGUGUUGCAGAACAGUCGCCGGAGAUCUUGAGUGAUGCUUCCGGGCCCAGUGAUAUAGAUAGUGGACGUUCUGUACCACUACCUUGGGUAUACCGGGUUCAAGACAAUGCACCUGAAGAUGGAGAAAAUCAGAUUCUCCCGGCUAAGAAAGGAGUCUCAAGUUGGCCUAAUCCAUCCAUCUGGAGUCCUGUAGGCCAGGGGUCUGGCGACCCAUUUGCUACAAUGGCUACAAAUCUAAGAGGACGCAUGCAAGGCCAUCUUCAUUACUUUGUGAAUGAAGUGGUUCCUAUGUCGUACCCGCUGCGCAGUGCCAACAGAUUCCGCCUGCAGGCAGGCUGGGGCCCCUUGGCACAGGCGAAUGCAGUUCUUCUGCAUUCGAUGAUCAGCGUCGCGUGCACAGUAUAUGCGAUGUGGACGGGAGAAUAUCUGGGCCCGGAUAUGGCGCUGCGCUCACCAUCGACUCGGCUUAGUCUCGCGACACUGGACUCAUUCUAUCACAAGUCAGAGACAAUUCGAUUAGUUAACGAAAAGCUCAAUGAUCCCGAGCAGGCGGCUGCAGAUGCGACAAUAGCCGCUGUGGCUAUUUUAAUUACAGUCGAGACUCUCACAGGCGAUAUUGACCAGGUCCGGAUCCAUCUUAACGGUCUGCGCCAGAUGAUCGCUCUUCGCGGUGAUCUCUCCAGCCUUCCAUUGACCGUCGUAUCCCAGAUUGCAACAACCGACGUCAAGAUCUCCAUUGUCGGUCUCACGAAACCCAUCUUCCCCUUCGUCAAGCCAAUCCGUCGCACCACCAAGGCCAUCCCAGCAGCAGAUGCAGACAUCGCCCGUAUAGCUUCCAAUCUGCUCACCCUCCCAGAUCCAAGCGUUCUCUUCAGCCCCAACAUGAUGCAGGUCUUUCAUGACCUGGCUGAAAUGACGCGGUACGCGGAGCUCGUUCGCCGCCGACUCCCCACGGGCGUGGAAGACAACGACGAAGAUUUCUUCGAUACGCAGAACCUGUUUAUCGAGUACCGUCUGCUCAGCUAUCGAUUUGAUCCCAUCACUGAGGAGUUCGUGGGUGAUAACACCAUCGAGGGAUGUUGUCGUCUCGCGGCCCUUUUGUACGUGAAUACCGUGCUAUGGGUCGUGUAUACAUCCGCCGCAGCCGUGUUGCAUGUUCCCGUCAAGGCAUUGAAGGUCGCGCUUGAAACGCUCGACGAGUCAAUCAGACAGACUUUUUGGGCCCCGUAUUCUGAUUUACUGGCAUGGGUGCUGUUCCUUGGCGCUCACUGCUCCAAGGAUCAGAUCGAGAGACCGUUCUUCAUCGUGGAGCUCGCCAAGGUUGUUAUUAGUAGCGGAUGGAGGGAUGUCGAGGAGAUGAGACAGCGAUUGAUGGGCUUCUUCUACGUCGAUCGCAUGUAUGGAGCGUCCUUGGUAGAGGUGUGGGAUGAAGUGCAAACUGUGAUCAGUAGGUGGAAAUGA